GUUUCUGUUACCACGGAGCAAUUUCCGAUGCAGCGUGGCGUGUGCUCUUCCUCUAUUCAGUUUCCCCUCUAGUUUUGCGCUCUCUGUCCAGGUUAUCUAAUUUCUUGUCUCUAUCCGAGCCCACACGUUUGCAGUCAGUGUCCCAGUGUCUCCAAGCCAUUCUCAGAAGACUCCGCAGCAGUUGAGCAGUCGUGAAUCGGAGGUUGCGUCUCCCGUGUGUCGUGCUCCUUAGACUGAGAUCGAUUGGGAGUGGUCUGAGCCAUUUCGCAGUCUGUGGGCUAGGGUUUGUGAGUCGUUGGAUACUGGGUCUGGAAAGGGUCUUUGGUGCGAGUGAUGAGGAGUGAGGGCAAUUUCGGACGCGUUUGAGCAGAAAAGUGCAUUUUCGUAUUGAAAAUUGAGAAUCAUGCAGCAAAUGGCGCCGUAUGCGGGGACAUCUAUCACUACUGAGCUCAUCCAGAAGUACCUGGACGAGAACAAGCAGCUGAUUCUCGCAAUUCUCGAUAAUCAAAACCUUGGAAAGCUGAACGAAUGUGCUACGUAUCAAGCAAAGUUGCAGCAGAAUCUUAUGUACCUCGCAGCUAUUGCAGACGCACAACCCCAAGUGAGCCAAAAUUCUACUGAGGUUCCAGCAGCACAACCAAUGCAACCAUCACAGCAAUAUAUUCAGCAGCAGCAGCAGCAGAUGAUGAUGAAUCAACGAAAUCAGUACUUGCAGCAAAAUCAACAAGGAGUACAAAACGCACCAUCACCGCAGUCGCAGCAGUCGUAUCACAACCAGCAGCCAGGCAUGGUCUCCCAGGGAAACUCGGGGAUGCACAUGGUGAAUAGUUCCAUGGGUGGUAAUGGCAACCAGACAGGAGGAAAUGUUUCCGAGUAUGGGAAACCAGAAGAUUCCCGGGAGGGGACUCCAACAAGCUUGAAUACAAGGAAUGAAGGUCCACAAGCGGGGGCUUCCCCACUGGGACAAGCAAGAGAAGGGAAUGGUGCGCCAGGAGAGGAUUCAGAGGCUUCAUACUUAAAAAGCUCCGAGUGAGCAUGCAGCGUAUUUUUCACCACCACAAUGUUCUCUUACAUCCUUUUUCCGGCCUCAGUAGCAUUUUAAACUAUGCAUUUUAGGUCGGACUGAGUUGGAUUUGAGAUGCCGUGCCUUUUGCAUAUGCAUGAGCACCUCAGAUUUGACCUUUGGUAUAAGUGAUCUUUUUGAAAUUUUGUGCAAAACUUUCAACACUACGAAAUUUCUUUAUAUGGAAAGAUGCCUUGUUCAUAGGUGGGGCUCGGUCAUGGGUGACUAACUCCCUGUUGAAAUCUUCACAUUC